AUGUUUAACUAUGAUCUUUACGAAAAUGAUAUGAAUGAAAUAAUUGAUUGUACAUUUUAUCAAAAUGUUGAUUCAUGUCAUACAAUUCCUUCAAUAUAUCAAUCAAAUUGUAUGAUAGAAAAGUAUUUAAAUCAAUCAAUUUUAACAUCUGAAACAAAUUUUCGACCAAUGAGAAAUUAUUUAAAUGAUAUUCGAUGUAGGAUGUUAACAAAACUUGUUCAACGAAAUAUUACCGGUUUAGAAUUUAUUCAAGCUUUUGAACAAGCACCAAAUAUGAUUGAGAAUAUGUAUAUGUCUAACUCAAAUAUACAUAAUGACAAAUUCAUUGAUCAAUUAGCCGAUAUUACACAUGAUUUCAUCAUAAAAUCUCCGUAUAAAUGUAUGCCGACAUCUCAUAUAUCAUCAACUACUAAAAUUGAUCAUAAAUUUCAACCAUCAUUACUUUCUUCUUCUUCAUCACAAUCAAUAGCAUCUCUACCUAAAAUAAAAUCGAACUCACCAUCGGUAAAUUAA